AAGGUAACUCAUCACAAGCAGUACCCUGCUGACACAACUUAUGCAUAUUCAUACUUUGAAAGUAGAGGUGGGAAGUUUGACAAAACUUUAUUUUUUGGAUUGCAAUAUAUUUUGAAAAGAUGGAUGGUUGGCGAAGUUGUGACAGAAAAGAAAAUUAUAGAGGCUAAGGAAGUUUUCGAAAAACAUUUUGGCCAGGAUGUAUUCUAUGAAGAAGGGUGGAGAUACAUUUUAAAGGAACACAAAGGUAAACUACCCUUACUUAUCAAAGCUGUGCCCGAAGGAACAAUCUUGCCAUACAGAAAUGUUUUAUUCACAAUAGAAAACACAGACCCUAAAUGCUUUUGGCUGACUAAUUAUUUCGAAACACUUCUGGUCCAAACCUGGUAUCCGAUGACUGUUGCCACAAACUCAUAUUACCAAAAAUGCAUCCUCAAGAAAUACAUGAGCAAAACAGCUGAUUCAAUGGAUUCAUUGAAGUUUCAGUUGCAUGAUUUUGGCUACAGAGGCUGUUCAUCUGUUGAGUCUGCAGCAAUUGGAGGGAUGUCACACCUGGUGAACUUUGAGGGGACUGACACGAUUGCUGGUUUGCUGGCUGCCAGAACUUACUAUAGCUGCAAAAUGGCAGGUCACUCCAUUCCUGCUGCUGAACACAGCACCAUAACAACAUGGGGAGAAUCCAACGAGUUGGAAGCUUUCAAGAACAUGCUCACACAAUUUCCUGACGGGUGUGUGGCUGUUGUAAGUGACAGUUACGACAUCUUCAAGGCCUGCGAACAAAUUUGGGGUGAGAAAUUGAAGGAUUGCGUCGUGAAUCGAGGGAAGAAUGGAGGCAGAUUGAUAAUCAGACCCGAUUCUGGAGAUCCAGUGGAAACUGUUUGUCAUGUCCUAAAAAUUUUAGGAGAAAAAUUUGGAACCGCACUGAACAAAAAAGGUUACAAAGUCCUUCCCAACUACCUACGAGUCAUUCAAGGGGAUGGAAUUAGCUACGAGUCACUGAACGACAUUUUAAAAGCAAUCACAGAUAAAGGCUGGAGUGCUGAAAAUUUGGUCUUCGGUAGUGGAGGAGCAUUGCUUCAAAGAUUAGAUCGAGACACUCAGAAAUGUGCAUUUAAAUGCAGUGCCGUUAAGAUCAACGAUAAACUGGUGAAUGUUUUUAAAGAUCCAAUCGGUGAUUCAGGCAAAAAGUCAAAAAAAGGUAAAUUAAAACUGCUGUGCAACAACGGGGUCUACACAACAGUAGAACAAUGCUCUUUGGAUGACAAUGAUGACAUCUUAGAAGUGGUUUUCGUGGAUGGUGAAUUGAAAAGAGAUUGCACAUUGGACGAAGUUCGGAAAAUAGUGCAACAAUAUGAAUUCUGCGAAAUUCAUUGA